AUGGCAAGACGCGAGUUAUGUUUAAUCGUCAUAGUGCUUGCGAUGGUGGCGAUGGCGAUGCUUGUGGCUAUCCUCAUCCUUAAGUGGACUGAUCAUAGCAAUGACACUGGAAUUUGGAAGGAUCAGGCUUCAAAUGAAACUGAAGCAAUAGGAAAACAUAGUGAUCAUUCAGGAGAUUUCGCUGGUCCUUCAGCAUUAGAUAGAUCUAGAAUUGGUUUUCCUGCUUUUGAUAAAAUAAGGUGGGAUGAAUUUGACUUGUUAAAUAAGAUUGGGUUGCAGUCUCAACAAGUUGCAGACGCCAGUUAUAUUGAAUCUGGACUUGCUACUCCUGAAAAGCAGGAAAGUAGAGAUGCUUUGGCAAAAACUGUCUACUCUAAACUGUUUGAUUGGCUUGUUGAAAAGAUUAAUAAAUCUAUUGGCCAAGAUCCCGAUUCUCAGUUGUUGAUCGGGGUUCUUGAUAUUUAUGGAUUUGAGAGUUUCAGGACAAACAGGUGCUUAGCUGUUUCGAACAGUUUUGCAUUAAUUUGACCAAUGAAAAGUUACAGCAACAUUUCAACCAG